CGGGGCGGGGCGAGAUCGGGGCGGGCCGAGCUGCGGGAGCCCCAGCCGGCCGCGGUGAGAGGGGUGGUGGGUGCAGGCGCGGGGUUCCGGCCAUGAUCGCGUCGUGCUUGUGUUACCUGCUGCUGCCGGCCGCGCGCCUCUUCCGUGCCCUCUCAGAUGCUUUCUUCACAUGUCGAAAAAAUGCCCUCCUGGCAAAGAGCUCGUCCCCUCAGGUAGAGAGUGACUUUGCCAUGUCUCCUCGGGGCCCAGACCAGGAGGAGCGUGAGGGCCUGCUGCAGCAGUGGCAAGAAGAAACGUCGAGCCAGGUGCUCUCAACUGUGAGCGAGGGUCCCCUAGUAGACAAGGGACUAGCCCAGAGCAGCCUGGCACUCCUGAUGGAUAAUCCCAGAGAACAGGAUGCUGCUUCAGAGGAUAAGUGGUCCAGCAGGCAGCUGAGUGACCUGCGGGCAGCAGAGAAUCUGGAGGAGCCUUUCCUUGAGGUGCUAGGAGAGGAGCCACUGCCAGAGGUCGAGGGCCCAAUGUGGGCAGCUGUCCCCAUGCAGACCGGUCUCCAGUAUGCAAACUGUGCUGUCCUCCCAAUGGGUGCCCUGACUGCAGAGCAGUGGGAAGAGGACCCUGCAGUCGUGGCCUGGAGCAUAGCACCCGAGCCUAUGGCCCAGGAAGAGGCUCCCAUCUGGUCCUUUGAGGGCCUGGAGCAGUUGCAGCCUCCCCCAAUGGAAAUUCCCUAUCAUGAAAUCUUGUGGCGAGAAUGGGAGGACUUCUCUACUCAGCUAGAUGCCCAGGGCCUGGAGGCAGGGGAUGGCCCUCAGUUCCAGUUCACUCUGAUGUCCUAUAACAUUCUGGCCCAGGACCUGAUGCAGCAGAGCUCCGAGCUCUAUGUGCAUUGCCACCCGGAUAUCCUUAAUUGGAAUUAUCGCUUUGCAAACCUCAUGCAGGAAUUCCAGCACUGGGACCCAGACAUCCUGUGUCUCCAGGAAGUCCAGGAAGACCACUACUGGGAGCAGCUGGAGCCCUCUCUGCGAAUGAUGGGCUUUACCUGUUUCUACAAGAGGAGGACCGGCUGUAAGACAGAUGGCUGUGCUGUCUGCUACAAGCCCACGAGAUUCCAUCUGCUCUGUGCCAGCCCCGUGGAGUACUUCCGGCCUGGCUUGGAGCUCCUCAACCGGGAUAACGUGGCCUUAGUGUUGCUGCUGCAGCCACUAGUCCCAGAAGGCCUGGGGCAAGUCUCGGUGGCCCCCUUAUGUGUGGCAAAUACGCACGUCCUGUACAACCCACGCCGGGGGGAUGUGAAGCUGGCCCAGAUGGCCAUUCUCUUGGCUGAAGUGGACAAGGUGGCCAGGUUGUCAGAUGGCAGCCACUGCCCCAUCAUCUUGUGUGGGGACCUGAAUUCUGUCCCUGAUUCACCUCUCUACAGCUUCAUCAGGGACGGAGAGCUCCAAUACCAUGGGAUGCCAGCCUGGAAGGUAUCUGGACAGGAAGACUUCUCCCAUCAGCUUUACCAGAGGAAGCUGCAGGCCCCGCUGUGGCCCAGCUCCCUGGGCAUCACUGAUUGCUGUCAAUAUGUCACCUCCUGUCACCCCAAGACAUCAGAGAGACAUGAGUAUAGCCGAGACUUCCUGCUCCGUUUCCGCUUCUGCCACAUCGCCUGUCAGCGACCAGUAGGACUGGUUUUUAUGGAAGGAGUGACAGACAUUAAGCCAGAGCGACCUGCUGGCUGGGCCGAGUCAGUCCUUGAGGAAGACACGUCUGAGCCUGAGCCUGUCUGCCCCAGGACCACAGGCACCAUCCGGCACUGCCUCCAACUGACCUCGGUAUAUACGCAUUUCCUGCCCCAGCUUGGCCGCCCAGAGGUCACCACAAUGCCCUUGGGUCUUGGAACGACGGUGGAUUACAUCUUCUUCUCAGCUGAGUCCUGCGAGAAUGGGAACAGAACUGAUCGCAGGUUGUAUCAAGAUGGAACUCUCAAGCUCCUGGGCCGUCUCUCCCUCCUCUCUGAAGAGAUUCUCUGGGCUGCCAAUGGCUUACCCAACCCCUUCUGCUCUUCAGACCACCUCUGCCUGCUGGCCAGCUUCGGGAUAGAAGUCACCGCCCCAUGACAGGGCUCCCAGGGGAAGAGAGCUUCUCUUCCAGAAGAGCUCACUGAAUCAGAGACUGUGGAAAUAUCCCAUGCUUCUGGAAACUUAGAGCCAAGAAACUCCGUCCCCUCCCUUCCCCCUCCUUAUUCCCGUUUUCCCUGGGUUAGGUUUUCUCCAGGCCUGUCCAUGUUCUCUGCCCGUGAUCCCUGCCCCACCCAACCUCUUCCUAAUCUGGUGCCACAUACUCAGUGGCCCUGGGAGAGGCGGAAGGGGGGUUCCGCCUUCCCUCCAUGUAUCCAGUGCUCCCCCUUGAUUUUUAAUUACCAGGGUUGCGGGAGCUAUUGAUCUCAUUGGUUAUUUGCUUUUAGGCCGUUUCUUGGUGGUACCUUCUAAUCUGACCUCCCUGCCUUCACCACCUCUGGGCCCAGCCUUCGUGCCAGGUACACACAUACGACCUGUGUGUAGUGUGUGUGCGUCGUCUCAAGGUGGGACUGCUCUGUGCGGCCAUGCCUGCUUCUGAUCAGCGCGCUCUCCACACUGGGGCUGUUGGCCGAGGGCAGGUAGAGAGCAUGACCUGGUAGCUGUGUGAUGCCAGGUAGCACAGGACCAUGGAGCCGUCUCUCCUUUCAGCCUCCAUGUUUCAGUAGGCGUUCAUCACGCCAGCCAGGGCACACUCAUCAUUUGGGCUCUGGGAACCACUGGGCCCCACAUCCUGGAGCAGCAGACUCGGGGCGGCACUCCCUGCCCACAGCACCCCGCAGGCCUGUCAUACUUUCUCUAGGGCUAGUCCCUUUCCCCGGGCAAAGGUUUGGACCCCUGUGUGGGGGGUCAGUGGGCUGCGAUAGUGUUUUGAGGUAAAAAACUCUUUAAGGAUGAGGAGAAAGAACCUUCAGGAAACUCUUGUCUCACUGGACUCUACAGUCUGCAGAACUGGGGUGAGGGUGGAAAUCCCAGUAGGGGAAGAGCAGGCAGGCUGAGCUAGGACUGUCCACCUCGGACUGGUUCUCCUUCCUCUGCACACCUCGGAAGCAGUGUUCUGGUCCUUUCCUCCCACUUUGGACUUUUGGCUGCCACUUCCAUUUUCACCCAUUCUCUCCUUAGAAAACCUGCUGUUUAGCUCAGGCCAAACCUUCUCAGUAGAAAGGUAGCCUUGGACAAAACUGAUUCAAGGACUCAAGGUGGCAGUGCCUGAGGAUUUCUGCUCAUUGCUGCCUCUGCUCUCCCUCUCCUAGCACAGGGGUACCUGGCCCACUCAGGGGGCUCCCGUGCCCACACAUGUCACCCUCAUGCCUUAAUCUUUUGUUGUUGGGGUGUUCCGGGCCAGCUCCUCUGCAGAUUGGACUUGCUGAUGCCUCACUUGGUGUCCAGCAAGGACUGAAGGAGUAGGUGAGAGGCUGGACUUAGGGACAUUUAGCCAGAGAUUGAUGUCCUUUCCCUUUCGGGUUUUGAAAGCCAAAGAUCCAGCUUGAAUCCUGCUGCUGCAUUUGAGGUUAUAAACUUUCUACACCUAGGUUCUGGGGUAUUUAUCUAUUCGUGUGUAUUUUUAACCAUUGUUCCUGGGUACUGGACAUGUGUCUGUCAGAGCCCUGGGCCUGUCUGUCUACAGCCCACCAUUCACUCUGUCUCUCCCUGGGCACCUCCUGGCAUGAUCUGAAGACAGUGCCCUGCUGGUUUCCAGGAUUAGGCCCAUCGCUAUUCCCUUCUGAAAGGAAAUGCAGUUUAAGAACGGCUGAAGAUGGCGGGGGCAGGUAGCUUGAUAGAUGAUCUUUUUUUGUUUGUUUUCUUGUUGGUUCCGUUUUAGAAAUGAAAUGGGGGUUUUAAAUGGUCGUUUAAACUCUCUUUUCUAAAUAAAGGUUUACCUUCCCCCUCUGCUGUUGGUCAUUUUAUAAGGAUCCCGGAGGGCACAGGGGAGAGAAGGUUUGGAGAAUGAGGUGGGCAGAGAGGAAGAGACUGAUCCUGGGAUGGGGUCUCAAGUCCUAAAUCGGCUUGAAAAAGGUGUUGGAAUCUCCCUCUGGUCACCGAGGCACAUUCCCACUGCGCUGAAGCCUGGGGGGAAAAUGGCCUGAGCGAAGCCUCCUGCCCGGACUUGGCGGCGGUGCAGCUCUCCUCUCCAUCCUGCCAGGCCAGAGGAGAAUAGCUCUCUCAGCUGCGUUCAUUCU